AAUGACGCAGCAGCAGCACGCCCUCGUCUCGCGUCAAUCACAUGACCGCGCACCCUACCUCCCCCACGACAACCCUCCACCCCACCUCCACCACGCAACUCCCCCAUGCCGCUUUCACUCCCGCCCGAACUGCUCCUGCAAAUCCUGCUGCACCUCUCUCCCGUAUCACGACACACGGCCACGCCGCGUCGCUACCUCCCCUGGACCUCUGCGCACCAGCAUCCGUUCCUGGCGCUGUCGCUCGUGAGCCACGCGCUCCACGACGCUGUCGAGGGGCAUUGUCGGCAUCUCCUCCGCCUAUACACUCCUGGGACAACGGCAGCGGAGGAGGAGGAGGAGGAGGAGGGGAAUGCCAGGAGGCGGUAUAUUGAAUACGCCAGUGAGCAUUGCUACUUCUGUGCGGCGCCCACGAGGAGGGGGCAUGUUUGCUCUUCCCCCUGUUGGUUUUGCGAUCGCGAGACGUGUUUGAAGGUUACGUGCUGUAGGGGGUGCGAUACGUGGUAGUGGGAAGGGCAUUGCGGGGGAUUGGGUGCGGAUUGCUUGGGAGGCCAGAUAUGGACCGUGGUGGAUGUGUACUCGAUAUAGGUAUGCGCGUGUAUGUAAGAGUGCCCGGUCGGCCCGGGAAACUGCGACAAUGCGGACCGGCGGGUCAAUGGCACCAGCCACAGUCGUGACCUCGAAUAUGAUCUCUUCUUUCUCCCGAGUCCCGAGUCUCGAGCAUGAUGUUAAUCCUCCGAUCGCUCAGCGGUUCGGUUACUCAUCGCUCCGUCUCGACCGGGGCCAGGG